AUGGUGGCGCUGCACACACACACACAGGGUCAGUAACUUCCGCUCUCUCGGAGCACGUUUCCUUUCCGCGGGUUGUGAAACGAAAAUCAGACGAACGAGUUUUUCUGCGUUUACAGAAGAAAGACAACAUGAGUAAAGCACACCCGCCCGAGCUGAAGAAGUUCAUGGACAAGAAGCUGUCCCUGAAGCUGAAUGGAGGCAGACACGUGCAGGGCAUCCUGCGGGGCUUCGACCCCUUCAUGAACCUGGUGGUGGACGACUCUCUGGAGAUGGGCCCUGGAGGACAGCAGAACAGCAUCGGCAUGGUGGUCAUCAGAGGAAACAGCAUCAUCAUGUUGGAGGCUUUGGAGAGAGUAUGAGAAGAGGGAAGGCUGAUCCACACAGUUUUACAUUCUGUUAUCCUGUUUUAGUUUUUUUGGUUUGAAAGCGCUGACGCAGUCUCGUGUCUUUGAGUUGUAACGCGGUUAUGGCUUCAUCAGACUGAGGACGUUUUGUUUUGAAC